AUGCCACCCAAAACGCCAGAAGACCCAGAACAAAACCCAUAUGAACUGCUUGGGAUCUUACAGGAGGCUACCGAAGCUGAGAUUAGGACAGCCUAUCGAACCCGCUCACUAAAAGUCCACCCAGACAGAAAAUUUCAUGCAUUGACAACCGCCUCCACCCUCCUCCUCGAUCCGCUCCGCCGUCUCGCGCUCGAUGCGCAACUCCGUUUGCAAGCUGCCAAGAAGCAGCGCUUCGCAUCUUAUGACAAUAAGCGUAAGGCGAUGGUCUCUGAGUUGGAGGAGCGGGAGCAAGAGUUCAAGAAGGCGCGAAUGGCGAAGGAGAAGGAGAGAACUGCGAGGGAGAGCGAAAACUUGAGGGUUCGCGAGGAGGGGCGACGAAUGCGGGAGCAGAGAGAGAAGGAGCUCGAGUUGCAGGAAUUGGAACGUCAAUGUGCGAGGUCGAAGCCUGAGUCAAACGGAACUGUUGAAGAAGACUCCCUCGCUCCGCCGCCUCCUGGCGAUUUGGAUACAACGAUCCGUGUUAAAUAUGCUCUGUCAUCACAUCCUGCGCUUUCUACGGCAUUCGCACUCGCAGCCCACCUUCGACGGUAUGGCGAGAUUGAUGAAGGGACGGUGGUGAUGUCGCAGAAAGCCAAGAAGUCGAAAAAGUCUAAGGGACUUGUAGACGGCGAGAUGAUAGUGACCGCGCUGGUGCCAUUCAAUCAGUUGGGCGCUGCAUUUGCCGUGGUAUCGAGUGCCGAAUCGCUGAAAGAUCGGGGCAUGGACGUGGCAUGGGCAGGCGGAUCUGAGCCUCCAAUACUAGGUUGGCUUCGCGAACGCGGAGAACUCGGAGGACCCGCGGCCAAGCGGGCUGAGCCGCUCCCGACAAAGACUGCUCCGGAGGGGACGACGUUCAGUUCGUUUCCCUCGAGUUUUCCUGCUUUUGAUGAUGCGGCACCACCGCCACCUCCUGCUGUGAAGACGGGGAUGGACUACGAGUCAUUGACGCUCCUCCGCAUGCGUGAAGCUGAACGCACACGCUUAGAGAAGGAGAUACUGGAAGCAGAAGCUGCUGAGGGCGGUUAG